CCACAGGAUCCCACAAUGACAUAACUCCAUUCAGAGACUGGCGUGACUGGGCUGGGUCUCCCCCCUCCAGCUCUUGUAUCACUAAGAAUCUGGCAGCCAGUUCCGCCCUGACAGAGUUUACAGCAUAUAUUGGUGGAUUCUUGUCCAUACUGCAUCUGCUUUAAGAAUUAACGAAAGCAGAGUCAAGACUGUAAGGAUUCAAAGCAUUCGCCAAAAAUGAAUCUUGGUGCAUUUACUCUGCUAUUAGCACUAAUCAGUGGUGCCAGCGGCCAAUACUAUGAUGAUUAUGAUUUUCCCCUAUCGAUGUAUGGGCAAUUAUCUCCAAACUGCGCCCCAGAAUGUAACUGCCCUGCAAGCUAUCCAUCGGCCAUGUACUGUGAUGAGCUGAAAUUGAAAAGUGUGCCAAUGGUGCCUCCUGGAAUCAAGUACCUUUACCUGAGGCACAACCAGAUUGACCAUAUUGAUGAAAAGGCCUUUGAAAAUGUAACCGAUCUACAGUGGCUCAUUCUAGAUCAUAACCUUCUAGAAAGUUCUAAAUUAAAAGGAAUUUUCUCUAAACUGAAACAACUGAAGAAGCUGCAUAUAAAUUACAACAACCUGACAGAAUCUGUGGGCCCACUUCCCAAAUCUCUGGAGGACCUGCAGCUUACUCAUAACAAGAUCACAAAACUCGGCUCUUUUGAUGGACUGGUGAACCUGACCUUCAUCCAUCUUCAGCACAAUCAGCUGAAAGACAUUUCAGCUUCUUUUAAAGGUCUUAAGUCACUUGAGUACCUUGACUUGAGCUUCAAUCAGUUGACCAAAUUGCCUUCUGGUCUCCCAACAUCUCUUCUAACUCUCUACUUAGACAACAAUAAGAUCAGCAACAUUCCUGAUGAAUAUUUCAAGCGUUUUAAGGGACUGCAGUAUCUGCGUUUAUCUCAUAAUGAAUUGGCCGAUAGUGGAAUACCUGGAAAUUCUUUUAAUGUAUCAUCUCUGCUUGAGCUGGAUCUCUCCUAUAAUAAGCUAAAAAACAUACCCACUGUCAGUGAAAACCUUGAAAACUAUUACCUGGAGGUCAAUCAACUUGAAAAGCUUGAAGUAAAGAGCUUCUGUAAGAUCCUGGGACCAUUAUCCUACUCCAAGAUCAAGCAUUUGCGCUUGGAUGGCAACCGUAAUAUCACCCAAACUAGUCUGCCACCUAAUAUGUAUGAAUGUCUACGUGUAGCAAAUGAAAUCACUAUCACUAAUAAUUAAUUUCAAUUAUAUUGACGUGUAUCCUGGAGCAACAUCUUAUGCUUGUAUUUUUGUGUGUUAGUUUUCAUAGUGUCCAUUUUUGUUGUUGCUUAUUACUUCCAUGAAUUUUAAAUUCUGAGAGAAAAUGUUUUGUAAACAUUUUA